CAACUCACCCUUCUCCUCCUCCUCGUGUUUUGGUCAAAACAUCAAAAUACCCCCUAUAUAUUUUCAUUUUUUUUUUCUUUUUCCCUCCAACAUCGUCUCUCUCUCUCUCUCUCUGUGCUUUUUCACUCUACACUCCCAGUUGUCUCUCUGCCUUGGUCGAUAAUUUAUACAGAAGAAACGAUGGAAGGUGGUCAACAGUACAAUCCUCGAACAGUUGAAGAAGUUUUUAGAGAUUUCAAGGGUCGUAGAGCUGGCCUUAUUAAAGCUCUUACUACUGAUGUUGAAGAAUUUUACCAGCAGUGCGACCCAGAAAAGGAAAAUCUUUGCCUCUAUGGAUUUCCAAGUGAACAGUGGGAAGUCAAUCUACCAGCUGAGGAAGUGCCCCCAGAGCUUCCAGAGCCUGCUCUGGGCAUUAACUUUGCCCGUGAUGGCAUGCAAGAGAAGGACUGGCUAUCUUUGGUUGCUGUGCAUAGUGAUGCAUGGUUACUUGCUGUUGCAUUUUAUUUUGGCGCUAGGUUUGGUUUCGAUAGAGCUGAUAGGAGAAGAUUGUUCAAUAUGAUAAACGAUCUUCCCACCAUUUUUGAGGUUGUGUCUGGGACAGCCAAGAAACAAUCAAAAGAGAAAUCAUCAAUGUCAAAUCACAGCAGCACCAAGUCUAAGUCAAAUUCCAAGGCGGCACAGCUUGGCUCUGAACCGCCACCCAAGUACUCAAGACCACAACCGAAAGAUGAGGAUGAAGAUGGUUUGGAAGAGGAGGAAGUUGACGAGCAAGGAGAAACAUUAUGUGGUGCUUGCGGUGAGAACUAUGCAUCUGACGAGUUCUGGAUCUGCUGUGACGUAUGUGAGAAAUGGUUCCAUGGGAAAUGCGUUAAGAUCACUCCAGCUAGGGCCGAACAUAUCAAGCAGUACAAAUGCCCCGCCUGCAGCAACAAGAGAGCACGCACCUGAUUGUAAGGUCACCAGGCUCACACUUUAUCAGGGAAUUAUUAACAAGAUCAUUUUCUAAUCUGAGGAAAUCUCUUUUCGAGAAGCUUGAAAAAGUCAUAGGUAUUGUUUCUAGGUUGCUAUGUUGUCCAGUUCUUAGUUGUAGUUUGUGGUUGAGGUCUGCUUUUUUCUAUGUAGGCUGCCGAUGUAGUUGGUUGUGUAGGUUUAGGUUAUGGUGUUAAGACUCCACUCUCAAUUACUGUCUGUUUCAUUUAAAGGGAAGUCAAUCCCAGUCAUAUGGUGGAAGGAUAUGUUAACUGCCUCGCAUAAAUUUGUGUAAAGUGAUGUUCUAUGUGCUAAUUAUGCUUUGACUGCAUGAUUUGGUUUCAGUAAAUUGAUGAAAGAUGAGAUCUGCUGUUGGUUGUUGA